ACAUUCAAAUGGAGAUGUGGGAAUAUAAAUAGGAGGGUGGAAGCUGCAGAGAUCAGAUUCUCUCUACAGAGACCCCUACAGCACAAAGAUCCAAGCAUGGCACCUUCAAUCCCAACAGCAACGACCAUCUCCCAGGAGCAUCAGAUUCUGAACCACAAGCUCAGAAAGCCUCUGGUGGAAAAAUUACGCAGAGAGCGAAUCAACAGCAGCAUCGAGCAGCUCAAGACUCUCCUGGGUCCAGAGUUCCUCAAACAGCAGCCAGACUCCAAGCUGGAGAAAGCUGACAUCCUGGAGAUGACAGUCUGCUUCCUGAGACGACUGCAGAAAGAAAGAAAACAUCCAGAUGUGAACUCAGUGGCUGUUGAUCAAGGCUAUUCCACAUGUGUUGAAGAGGCUGUGCACUUCCUGUCUAAAGAUGAUCUGAAGACACAGUCCCAGAGAUGUCUGCUGAACCACUUCAACAAUCUACAGUCUUCCUCUGAGGAAAACUUGAGAGAAGCAUCUCUUUUGGGCUCAACAGGACAAAGUGAAAUCAGUAAAAAUAAGAAUUCAACCUGCAGCACACUCUGGAGGCCGUUUUAGAAACCUACAGACUGUUUUUCCUAUGAGAGAAAAUUAGACCACGUUGGUUUAAACAGUCUUGGAAUCAAUUCUUUUUUAAAGGAUUAUAUUUUAUUUUGUUUAUACAGAAUAUAUUAUUCAUUCUGAAUAUGUAUUUUCUGUAAUUACAUUUCCAGAGAAAAUGCCUGCAGCGUUGUCUUUAGUUCUAAAAAGAUAUAUAUAUUCUCAUGCAUGUUGCAUGAAUCUUCUACGCUAGCAUUAUUGAUAAUGCAGUAGUAGGAAUACUUUAAUCACUAAUUAUCUUUUGAUUAUUUGUGAUCAAGGUU